UUCAUUAAUGGUUCAGGAUAAAGUCUAGCCCCUCUUGUCCGUGCACAAUGAGUGUGUGUGGCUGCAGCACCUCAUACCUGAGGAGGUGGCUGCUGAAGACUCUGUUGUUCUUGGCUGCUGUGCAGCCGACGAGCGGUGACUGCCCCAAAUCAUGCGUCUGCCACGUUCCCACUGAAGUGCACUGCACCUUCAGAUACCUGACCGCAGUACCUGACCACAUCCAGCCAGCUGUGGAAAGAAUUAACCUCGGGUACAACAGUAUAACUGCCUUGAGAGAAAACGAUCUUUCAGGACUUGAGAACAUAGAGUUGUUGAUGCUGCAUAGCAACGCCAUCCACAGUAUUGACGACAGAGCCUUCCAAGACCUCAAGUCCUUACAGGUCCUGAAGAUGUCUUUUAAUAAAGUAAAGGAAAUCAAGAAAGAGACAUUCAAAGGCCUGGAUAGUCUGCUGAGACUCCACAUGGACCACAACCACAUUGACUUCAUCAGCCCGGAUGCUUUCUACGGCCUGACCAAACUGCAGUUGGUCCAUCUGGAGGGGAACCGCCUCCAGCAGCUCCACCCAGACACAUUCAUCACACUGAGACACAGCCAGGUGUUCAAAGUGUCCUCCGUGAGAAACAUUCACCUGUCGGAAAACCUCCUCACCACUCUGCCCGAAGAUAUCUUCUCAGGCUGCAGCCAGUUAGAGAACCUCUUCCUUCAUGGCAACCCGUGGACGUGUGAUUGUCGUAUGAAGUGGUUCUCUGGGUGGGCACAGAGGAACACAGGUGUGCUGAAAUGCAAGCGAGACAGGAGAUAUCCGAGAGGCCAGCUGUGUCCUGUUUGUGAAAAUCCUGCCCCUCACCACAACAGACCUCUAUCCCUCCUCCCCGGUGAUGGCUUCACUUGCACCAAACCCUGGAUCCAACCUCAUCUAAAGCAGAAAAACAUCAGCCUUGAUGAGGGGGACUUUACUCCAGUUUCCGCCAAAGACUUCAUUGCCCCAUUGGGCUCCAUACAAAUGAACCUGACCGACCAGUUUCACAAUGAUGCCAGCCUAUCCUGCACUGUCCAGAGGCCCUCUGCUUUCGAGAACCUGACACAAACCUUGGAGGAGGCCGAGGAGGGAAACAAUGUCACUGUGCUUACCGCUGGCAUAAUUACAUAUUUGGUGUGUAACACUGACCAUGAACACAUACAGCAGCUGUGGCAGAUCCUGGCCACCUACAGUGAUUCUCCCAUGACACUUGAGAGAGGCGUAAUGCUGGCCAGAAGCCCAGAAAUGGUGUACAGGUAUAGUCAGAUAAAAACAAAGGAGGCAGAGGAAGGAAUUCACACAAACAUUGAAACUGACAUUAAAGCCUCCCCUGCAUGGCUGAUGCAGGGAGAGGUGAGCUUCCAGCUGGACCGCACUUCUACCACUUUCUCCACUCUGCACAUUAAGUACCAGUCUGCAGUCAACCUACGUGUGGAAAAUACAUCACCUAAGAGGGACCGCUAUUCCUGGACCAUGAUCAAGCGAGAUAAUCAAACCAAGACUGAGCACGCUGUAAUUACAGGUGGUGUGGCGCAAUUGAGCUGUCAAAUCCAGGGUGAGCCAAAGCCUUUGUUGGAGUGGAUUUUACCAGAUGGAAGUAAGGUCAGAGCUCCUUAUUCCAGUGAGGACAGGAGGAUCAUAAUCACAGCUGACGGGAAGCUCACUCUACGGGGUGCAGAUGCUUCAGACACCGGCCUCUACCGGUGCAUCGCCACAAACUACCUGGAUGCAGAUGUCCUCGUCUUUCGAGUGACGAUUCUGUCCCCGGAUGUGGAAGAAGCUGAGGUCAACGGCGUCCAACUCUCACGGCCACUGGGUGGAAAUCUGGUUCUUGACUGUAGCUCCUCAGGGAGUCCUGAGGCCUCGGUCCAGUGGGUUCUCCCUGAUCACUCAGUGCUGGACAAGUCUCACGGGAACAGGAACGUGUACGAGAAUGGAACCUUACUGAUUCAGGGUCUUACAGCGAGGGACAGAGGAUUUUACAGGUGUUUGGUUUCUAAUCACCUGGGAGCUGAUCUGCUCGUGUCGCAGGUGACAGUGAUUGGAGAAACAUCUGAAAAGGUGACAGUUUUGGACAAUGAGGGCUCAGGGGUAGAAACAGAGGACAAGGUUGACCCUAGCUUGACUGAAAACACCCUCAAUGAGAUCCCCUCUUCCAGUCCCUCUGACAAAACCAGUCAAGAAUCCAGGACCAAAACCUCAGAUCGACCUUACCCCAGACUCAGGUCACAGGAUAGAGGAGGUGGUGGAGGUAGACUGGGACAGAGAAGGAGGGGGAAAAACAGCAACAGACGCAUCUGGAGUAGUAGGGUGUUUGAUAAAGCUUCCAGGAAAGUGGACCCACGGCAAUUUGCUGAAUUUAUGAAAAAGGCUCAAGGUGGGUCAAGAAUAAAGACUGGCACAGAGAAAGAGGGGGUAAAAUAUGAAGACUCAAACACUGGUCUUUCUGGUGAUGGUGAAAUCGGCUCUGAUGAGGCUCAUAGUGAAGAUCACCUCAUCAUUGUGCCAAGAAUAGUCAAAUCAACCACAGACAAUCCUCAGAAAGGUAGACUAACCACCACUCAGACAGGUCAGGGUAGUAAUGUAGCAACAAUGGAAACCACAGUCAGCAAUCAUGACAUACCAACAACAGAGUCAUAUAUGCAGUCAGAUUCUACACCAAUCAAGUCUACAUUCACACAACAUCCAACAGAAAGGAGGGAAAGUCAAAGUGAUGCAGCAACACCAUAUCACACAAUUUCACCCAAUGCAGGCUUUUCUAGUUUUGAUGAGACCACUGAUUUUUAUGCCCUGGACAGAACUACCAAGCCAAACAGGCGCCCGGUCACUCUCCAACUUACUGUGACAGACACGUCACAAGAAACUCAGCUCCAGUUCUCAGGAGAACAUCCCGCAGAGCCAGAGACAUCCACCGGGGGAUGGCUAUCAUUCACCACAGACCCUCAUGUCACCCCAAUGAGGGACGGCCCAGGCCCAGUCGAGCUAGUCGUUCACACGUCCACAGACCCAGAAAGCCGGACAACGUUCACAGCCGUCACCACCACGGAAAGACAGCAAGAUGAGAUAACCUUCCACACUACCCAAACCAUCAAAUCCCCCCGUCUGCCCGCAGGAUCCACUAUCAUCUCCCGGCAGCAAAUCCAAAUCAUCCCAAACAAGAACAGCAGAGGAGGGGGGCGUAGGAGGACCUUCCAAGGCCGCAGGAGAAUCAUUAAACCCAACAGGAUCACUGACAUACAGUCCUUCAUUAAUAAACUGAAACAGCCCUCAUCGAAGAAGGAAGGGAAUGCCACGGUGCCUUAUAGAGUUGAACUAACCACAGACUGUGACUGGGAUAAAGACAAAAGGAAGACAGCAACCACGGAUCUGCAGGUGGUCACACCAACAGCUUCCUCCAGUUCAUCUUUACACAGAACAGAGAGACCUGCCGCUACACAAAAACCUGCAGCCUCUACCACAAACUAUUACAUUACUUCAAAUGCCCCCUUCACCCAUACUGAGUCUAGACAAGAGGUUUCCAGUGGCUACAUAACCUCUGCUGAUGCCCCGGAGUUUGAUCCUACGAUUGAUCCCCUUUUGACCACAAAUAAAGAACCGUCAAUGUCCACCACGACCACUACUACAACCGCCUCGAAGGUUAUUCGUGGAAGAAUUCCAUGGAACAGGCUGUUUGGAGGCAAAGAGAGGGAAAAGAUACUUGGCAGGCUCAGGAAGCCAUCCAUCACCCAAAAAACCUCAACUACAGCUGAAACUAGAACAGCCACCCCAACCGCCACCCCUGCUGCUAUGCCCACCACCACCGCAACCUCACUUUCUGAACCUGAGACUCUGUCCCCAUCCAGACACACGGGGACUAAAGAGGGCUCAUCAGAUGAUGACUAUGGAGAUUCAUCCUCUGCAGAUUUCAAGUUCACAACACUGCGACCCAGCUUUCACCAUCUGACUACUACCAGCACACCAUAUUACUCCAAGUCUGCCCCCACUGCUGAAACACCACCAGAAUCACAGACUCUACCUUCCCCACCAACUGUCAAACCGCCUUCAAUUGAAAAUCCUGAUGAAGCCUCAUCAUCUGGGUCUGGGGGACUACCUGAUAGUUGGUUUGUAACCAGACAGAGGCAAGGUGGGACAAGAGGACGGCAAGGGCGUAGAAAGAGGCCCUUUAGGGGCAGGAGACCCUUCAAGAAACCUGCAAUUGCUAAAAUACACCCUACUACCACAAUUGAGGCUUUAACUACAACUACGGAGACAACCACACUACCACAGCGGACUGUUUCACUCUACAAGCACCUUUACACACCAUCUAGGAAUGAGGACAGAACUCCAGUAGUCGUUUCCACUGACUUGUAUGAGGAAUUUGACUGGAGCACAUCUAGCAGUUUACCAGCCUAUACUACAACCAAGACACCUUUGAUUCCUUCAACCACAUUCACCACCACCACCACAUUCAUGCCAGUUACCACAAAAGUGCCUUACACAACAGCUCGGACCAAAGUCCACAGCAACAUCAGACCGCCAACGCAGAGGAACGCUAAUCACGCCACUCAUAGGCCACCAGUAAGGAGUGAACAGGAAUACACCAACACCCCCUACAACAACAUAGACACACACAAUGCCAUCUCUAGUGUUUAUGAUCAAGUCACUGGCAAUGACGCUACAAAUGACAAUAUUGCUGGCUUUGAACCCACUACAAAGGUCAUGACAAGCAAGCCUAAGAUAGUUGGGGGCAAUGCAGCCAGCUUCACCGUGUUAUCCAACUCAGACGCUUUCCUGCCAUGUGAGGCUGUUGGAAUCCCUCAGCCAGCUAUAACCUGGAAGCGCUUCUCCUCAACCACAGGAAGCACCAUUACCGUUAAGGGGAAGAUGGGCAAGUUUGAGGUGUUGAGCAAUGGCACGCUGUCUAUCCAGAAUGCAAACAUCAAGGACCGUGGCCAGUACAUCUGUCUAGCUGAGAAUGAUCAUGGAUCAGAUAAAUUAAUUGUCACCCUCUCUGUGGUGGCCUACCCCUCACGCAUCCUGGAGCCAAAAAUGCGUGAGAUAAAGUCUCAUGCAGGUAACACUGUGGAGAUGAAAUGUAACGCGGAGGGUCGGCCCACACCCAUGAUAUCCUGGAUCCUGGCCAACCGAACCCAGGUCAGGGGUCAAAACGCAGUGAAAGGAAGGGUAUCAGUAUCUGCUGAGGGGACUCUGGUCAUUGAGCAGGUGUCCGUUUAUGACAGAGGUCAUUACAAAUGUAUCGCCAGUAAUCCAGCUGGAGCUGAUACUGCUACAGUUCGACUGCAGGUGGUGGCAGCUCCACCAGGUAUCGUGGAGGAGAAACGACAGCAAGUGAAAGCAGCUGUAAGCCAAAACUUGUGGCUACCCUGCACCGGCCAAGGCAGCCCUCAGCCGACUAUCCAUUGGGUCCUCCAUGAUGGGUUAAUGGUACAAUCUAAUAGACCUGCCAGUGACACAAGGAUAUCAGUGCACGGGAAUGGAACCCUCCACAUUGAGGAUGUGACUCUAACAGACAGCGGCAAAUAUGAGUGUAUUGCUACCAGCUCUACUGGCUCAGAGAGAAGGGUGGUGACCCUGACAGUAGAGAGGCGAGAGUCGGCACCUCAAAUAGUGGAGACGUCCCAGCGCAUGACAGUGUUGUUCUUCGGGGACCAGCUGAGAUUAAACUGUUCAGCUACAGGAUACCCUAAACCCAGGGUCAUCUGGAGGCUGCCGUCUAAAGCUGUAGUGGACCAGUGGCACAGGAUGGGCAGCAGAAUCCAGGUCCUGGAUAAUGGUACUCUUAUUGUUAGCACUGUGACUGAUAAAGAUGCUGGAGACUAUCUCUGUGUGGCACGGAACAAAAUUGGUGAUGAUCUCCAACUCAUGAAGGUCAGUGUGUCAAUGAAGCCAGCCAAGAUAGAGCCGAAGCUCUAUGGAAAGAAGCAGGUACCCUACGGUAAUGACUUUAAGGUCGACUGCAAGGCCUCGGGAGCACCAAAGCCAGAGAUAUCCUGGGGUCUACCAGAUGGUACAGUGGUCAACAGCGCUCUUCAGUCUGACGCCAGCAGUGGAGGAGGACGAGCACGACGCUAUACACUUUUUGACAAUGGAACUCUCUACCUAAACCAGGUUGGUAUGUCAGAGGAAGGGGCCUACACCUGCUAUGCUGAGAACCAGGUGGGCAAGGAUGAGAUGCAUUUACAUAUCACUGUGGUGACCGCUGCCCCCAGGAUACGUCCAACCGACCAGACGUAUGCCAGGGUGAAGCCAGAGGGGAACAUCCGCUUUGACUGCGAAGCACUUGGGGAGCCCAAACCAAAGAUCCUGUGGAUGCUGCCCAACAACGACGUCAUUGCGGCAUCUAAUGAACGCUACCUAAUGCACGUCAACGGCUCCUUGGAUAUCAGGGAUGUGAAGCUUAUUGAUGCUGGGGAGUAUGUCUGUAUGGCUCGAAACCCCGCUGGAGAAGACAGAAAAGUCUACAAGCUUGAUCUAGAAGGGAAUCCACCAGUGAUCAAUGGCUACCGGCAGAACAGGACUGUAAUCAAAGAUGUAGCUGCUAAAUACACCAGGAAAUUAAUAAACUGUAAGGCUGAGGGUGAUCCCACGCCUAGUAUCACUUGGAUUAUGCCUGAUAACAUCUUUCUGCCAGCACCAUACUUUGGCAGCAGGAUUAAUGUCCACCAUAAUGGGACAUUAGAGAUUCGUAACGUGCGACCGACUGAUACCGCCGAGUUCAUCUGCAUGGCAAGGAAUGAUGGAGGAGAGGCAGUAAUGGUGGUGCAGCUGGAGGUGAGCAGUAAACUCAGAAGGCCGAUCUUCAAGAACCCCUUCAAUGAACGUAUCGUGUCUCGGAUUGGGAAAACCACAGUUCUGAACUGCUCUGCUGAUGGAUACCCAAUGCCGGAGAUCACUUGGACUUUGCCUAAUGGAACACGGUUUACUGGUGGCCACCACCUAGCCAACAAUGGGACUUUAGUCAUCCACAACACUGGCAAAGACGAUGCUGGGAAAUACCGCUGUGGUGCCAAGAACUUCAUAGGCUACAUAGAGAAGCUGAUCAUUUUGGAUGUGGGGCAGAAGCCUUACAUCCUGACGAGGCCUAGGGGCAUCAUACGCAGUGUGUCAGGAGAACCUCUCUUCCUUCAUUGUCUAUCUGAUGGGAAUCCCAGACCCCGAAUCCACUGGACCAUUCCUGGAGGCCACACUCUUACUCGGCCUCAAGUCCUCGGGCGCUACCAGUUACUAGAGAACGGUACUUUGGUUGUUCAGGGUACAACUCUCCACGACCGAGGGAACUACAUCUGCAGGGCUCGGAGCGAUGUUGGGGAGGCUGUGCUCACUGUCCCCGUUAUUAUCAUUGCCUACCCUCCACGGAUCACAACAGGGCCACCUCCCAGUGUGAGGGUAGUAACCGGGACACCUAUCCAGCUUAACUGUGCCGCCAUUGGGAUCCCCAAGCCAGAGAUCACCUGGGAGUUGCCCGAUCGCUCAGUUCUGUCAGCGGCAGAACAGGGCAGGCCCAUGGGUAGCGAACUGCUCCACCCUCAGGGCACACUUAUCAUUCAGAGGCCCAAAGCCUCAGACUCUGGAACAUACAAGUGCCUGGCCAAGAACCACCUGGGUACAGACUCAAAGGUCACCUAUGUACAUAUAUUGUGAGAAAAAGACAAGACUGAGGGAGGACGGUGGCAUAUACGAAUGUAAAAAUGAACACUCUUGUGUCUGCGAGGUACAGUGCAUGUUUUCUCACAUGUGGAUUUGUGAGGAUCACAGCUAGUGGAAUAUUAUUUUAAAAAGUGACAAACGUGGAUUGAAAAAAAUAAACAUAGCACAAGAAGAGAAAGGAAACAGACAUUUUAUAGGGAAAACAUGUUUUUUUUUAACUGGAAAACCCAGCCUUGGGCAAGAAAGUUGUUAUUGUAACUUUGGAACCGGGGGUCUGGAAAUUCAUAGGUAGUUUUCAUUUGGGGUGGUCCUCAUGGGAGCGAAAAAGGGCCAGAGUCAAACUUAAAGUGAUUUCUCUGACCAGGCGUUCCUGGCCGCACAUAAUGAUACUAUUACAGCACAUACAGAGAGGGAGAAAGAAUUGUGUGACAGAAAAAAAAGGGUCCCAAGAGGCUUUUAAUUCGCUUCAGACAUUGGCCAGAAGUUGUUGCUGUCAUUACACAUUGCUUUGUCUUGACACCAAAUGAAAAAGACAGCAGGCAGAGUAUAUUAAAAUGUCUUUCGAGAGCAAUUCAUUGAAUUUCGCAGUGAAAAAUAGAUUUGUUAAAAAAAUAUAUGAGGCGUGUUUUACACUGGAUACAUACUGUAUCUGCAUGGACAAUACAGUAUUUUUGUCACAUCCUAUUUCUUUAUUAUACUUUUUAUAUUUUCAUGACAAUUUAAAGCAGAUUUCUUUAUGUCUAUUUGCAGUGCAGUUCAUUGGUCAAAACACACACUACCAAUCUAUUGUGUUGUACACAAGAAUUUACAGUAAUGUUAUACAUUAUGCUAAUCUGUAAUAAUACAGUAUAUGUUUAUCUAUUUGUAGUAUCUACUUUAUCGAAGUAUGGGAGACAAAAUGACAUUAAAAAGAAAA